CGUGAGGUGACUACUGUUUGGGUCUCAGGCGCUCUUGCCCAGUCGACCCAGGACCGCCCGCACCUGCCCACCCUUCCCGGCGUUGCGCUCAAAUAUCCCCAGACGCCCUCCUCCUCAUCUCCGUUUAAUAUUAGGCUCAAUCCUCUGCUCGUUACUGUUUUAUUUUACUUCUUUUUUCCUGCUCAACGUCUUGCAGACAUAACAACGCCCCAUCGUUCUGAACGAACUCCCUUCCAAAAUAUUGGGCUCACAAGUAACAGUUAUCCCUUGUUUCCUCUAUCACACCGCUCAGGCUCAGCAUUUUUUUUUCUCCACCGCAAGCAGAGCACCUGAUUAUCUAUCCGUCAUUACUACUCAUCCUUCAAGAGAGUGUCUCCCGCUCUCGAAGCCUUCUCAGCGCGGGUUAACCACUCCAGCACGAGGCCAAUCUCGCGGAUUAUCCUGAUCUCACCACCACAACCGCAGCCAUGUUGAGCAAUUUCGCAAUCCUCGCCUGCUCGGCGCUUAUCCCUGUUGUCACGGCCCAGCUCCCCCCUCUGCCGUUCAACAUGAGCUACACACCCGACCUCAGCCCAGCAAAGGUUACACUUGCGCAGAAAGCCGAAUGGUGCCGCGGCGAGACUAUUGUGUGCGAUAAGCUUUGCGGUGCACCCUCUCAAAUUCCCAAGACGAACGACUGUUCCAGCGACACUCUUGCAUUCAGCUGCAUUUGCCAGAACGGCACUGCACCGGGCUUGCAGUACUACCAGAACAGUCUUCCUUCGUUCAUCUGCGAGGAAACCUUCAAGCAAUGCGAGGCUGCGAGGGCGGGUGAUGCCAAUGGUCAGAAGGACUGCAAGACUGGUGUGCAGAGCAAGUGUGGCACUCAGUCUGCAGACAAGGCUACAAGCGGCGGAAGUAAUGGAGCCACCACCACCACUGACUCUACUCCUAGGGCGACCCAGGGCGGGAACAGCCAAGGUGGCGCCACAUCGUCUACUCAGCCUGCAUCGGCCGCCACUCAGGUUCCGCAGUUCAUUGGCAUGGCUGCCGCUGCCGCCGUCAUGGGUGCCUUUGCUCUGUGAUAAUGGCUCGACGACUUCGAGAGAGCAUACCAAUCGGGAUGGAGUAGUGGUGGCGUUUGCCACUUCUUUCUCGCAUCACGUCUUGGAGGCGCUAAUGCAGCCUCGGAAUUUUUUGUCUUUUUAUGUAUGGAAUUGAGCAAUUGAAGAUACCACCCGCGCACGAUUACGCCAUCUAUUUCGACUCUCCCUCUCGCGCUGCUGGUGGUGAAUUGGGGGGUUAUUACGACUCUUGAACAAGGAUGGGAAAGGGAUUGAUGGGGUUGCCAUGAUUUACUAGGUGUUUGGUUUUGCAGCUGUUAUUCUUCUUCGUCAUUGCCUUCUGGAGGUGGCGGUAAUUUGAAGGCGGUCGACACUGUCUACCAUAUCUGUGUCUGACUGGCCUACUGUUAAUCAUGGAUGGUCUCCACCAAUACCAAAAAUAUCAGGAAGGUUCACAAAAAUUGUCGCCUACCCAGCCUUACCUGUGAUCGGCCCUCGUUGUUUUGCUCUACUCCUUGUCUUCUUGACUAAAUGGCUGAAU